UUUUGAAGUAGACUGCCCUAAUGUCCACCCUCUCAUUGUUGUUCCCUUCACAUCCUCAGGCGGAGAAAAGAAGCGGAGGUCUGAUGGCUUUGAAAAGGAUCCAAAAGGAGCUACAGGACUUGCAACGGGAUCCACCCUCGCAGUGCUCAGCUGGACCACUUGGAGAAGACUUGUUUCACUGGCAGGCGACAAUAAUGGGCCCAAGUGAUAGUCCAUAUCAGGGAGGGGUUUUCUUCCUCACAAUCCAUUUCCCGACUGAUUAUCCUUUUAAACCACCAAAAGUUGCCUUCACAACAAAAAUCUACCACCCAAAUAUCAACAGUAAUGGAAGCAUCUGUUUGGACAUUCUGCGCUCCCAGUGGUCACCCGCCCUCACGGUAUCCAAAGUUUUAUUAUCCAUAUGCUCCCUCCUUUGUGACCCGAAUCCAGACGACCCUUUAGUUCCAGAUAUUGCACACAUCUACAAAUCGGACAAAGAUAAGUAUAACAGACUGGCAAGGGAAUGGACUCAGAAGUAUGCGAUGUAACUGGAUGGCAAGAUUCUGACAUGGUUGCACAUGGACACUAUUACUGCACACGACUCUGCAAUGCACCUGUACAGAGACGAGACGUUUAUCAACAGACAAACAUCCCCAACACAAACACACGUACAGUAAAUACAUAUAAAAUCCUUGUUCAGGAGGCCGAGUCACUUGUCCCUUGUUCACAGAGGCAUCCUGGAACAAACUGUCAGUUAACACAUAACAAAAAAUUCUUGUUUUAUUUUCCAAUGAAUUAGUUACAUUUUAGAAAUUUUAUUGUAUAGAAAUAAAUACAAUACUGGAUCAUUUUUAUUGUUUUUGCAUUAAAAAGGUGUUAUUAUAAAA